UUUAGGUUUUUUAACACUAUUUAAUGUUAAAAAAUUAAAAGAGUUACAUGAAGAACGACACCGUUUUGAAAUAAAGGAGAAGCGUCAAAUAAUAAAUUCCUUGCUUGAGAGAGAGAGCAACGAGAGAGAAGUGUGAUAAUUUGAAAUAAAUAAAAAGAAAAUCGACUUGCCGCCAUUUCUCUCCUUCAAAACCCCCACACCACAAGCCAAGAAGAGAAGAGAAGAAACGUUUCCAGCCAGAACUCUUUCAGGUUAGGGAUUCGUGUCUCUUCAAAUAACAUUUCACUGUUUCCGAAUAAACGUAUAAAUUUGAUUUAUCAAUAGCAAUUGCUGCUGCUUUGCAAUUUCGAUGGUCACUUUGCUCGCGUUUUAGAUCUCCAUAUAAUUUAUUUAUGUUUGUAAUCUCUAGUUUCUUUACGAUUUCAGUCGUUGAUUUGUGAUUUUCAUUAAGGAGAACGCUAAGGAGUGUAAUUUUCAGGAAAACAUAUCAAUUCAAUUCCGUUUGUUUGCGCGUCAUCUUUUUUCUCGUUUUCCGUUUGGACGCCGAGAAAAUUUGAGAAUCGGAAAGGAGUUUCAGGAAUUUGAAUAAUAAGACUUCUUUUUUUGAACUCGAAAAAAUUGGUGGUUUUCAUGCAAAUUUUGGGUCUGCGCGGACUUUUUGUCUCAGCACCAAACUGAGGGUUCUCGGUCAUUAAGAUGCAAACAAGAUCCUUAAUAAUGAUGCAGCCUGUCCAAUCUGUGAUCAAGUGCUCUCUAAGAGCCUUAUGAAACCUGUGGAGAUCAAUCCAAAUGAUGAAUGGAUAAAUAUGGCCAUGGCUGGAAUAUCUCCACAGAUAUUGAUGAAAAGUGCAUACAGAAGCGUGAUGUUUUUUACUGGGCAAAGGGAACUUGAGAUGCAAUACAAGAUGAAUAGAAUUGUAGCUCAGUGCCGGCAAAAAUGUGAGUCCAUGCAAGAAAAGUUCACGGAAAAACUGGAGCAGCUGCACGCUGCAUAUCAGAAAAUGGCCAAAAGGUGCCAUAUGAUGGAACAAGAGAUUGAGAGCUUGUCAAAGGAUAAACAAGAGCUCCAGGAGAAAUUUUCUGAGAAAGCCAGGCAGAAGAGGAAACUUGAUGAAAUGUAUGAUCAGUUGAGGAGCGAGUACGAGUCAAAUAAAAGAUCAGCCAUCCAACCAGCAAACAAUUUCUUUUCAAGAAAUGAGCCUGAUUUGUUCUCAAACCCUGCAGCUACCAUGAUGGAUAACAGAGACCCUAUCCGUAAAGAUUGGACGGUUUUCACUCCCUCAACUCCAGGGCCUCGGGAGGAUAUAUGGCCGGCAAGACAAAACAGCUCGAAUUCUGGUCCCUUUGAAAUCCGUGGUGGCUCACCAGCAAACCAGGCAGCCAUGCCAGUUGAUGUUGGAAAUAGAAGAAUUGGUGCUGUCCCUUCCUUUGGAGCUGGAUCUGGCAACCCCUCAAUGACGCUAAGGAACUUGAUACUAUCCCCGAUAAAGCGCCCUCAACUUUCACGUAGCCGCCCUCAGAUGUUCACGCUGUAGGCUACAAGGCAAGGCGUGCAGCUUACCUGCACUCGCCGGACUGCUUGGUUUCAGAACAGUCCUGAGAAGCUUUUUCUGUCUUCCCUUUCCUUUUCCUGUCUUCCAGAAAACAAAGAAAAAAAAAAAGGGAAGGAGAAGAAUGAUGACGUGGCACAAACAAGAAACUGUAAUCCUGAUAUCAUGCAAGCGUAGAUUUUGGCUUCCAUGCCAACAGAUACAUGGAAAUAGCAAUUAUACUGUUGGAUUUCUUGUUUGAUAUAAUUAAAAAGGGUACAUAGAAGUUGUCAAAGCG